AUGAAAAAGAUCGAAUCCAUCCAGAAGCAGAAGGAACAGGUUCUUGAGGAAGGCGUCCUCAACCCAGAAUCAACUGUUGUUGCGAUCUUUCCCUCUCUAAUGCAUUAUGCUGGGCCAACUGAGGUGCAGUGGCAUGCUAAGGCUCGUAUUAAUGCUGGUGCAAAUUUCUAUAUUGUUGGAAGGGAUCCUGCUGGUAUGAGCCAUCCCACGGAGAAAAGGGACCUCUAUGAUGCUGACCACGGGAAGAAGGUUUUGAGCAUGGCUCCUGGCCUCGAGAGGCUCAACAUCCUUCCUUUCAAGGUGGCUGCAUAUGACACAAAGCAAAAGAAAAUGGAUUUCUUCGAUCCAUCAAGGAAAGAUGAUUUCCUCUUCAUCUCUGGCACAAAGGUCAGUUUUCACAACUGCUGGGAUGUUGUGAUUUUCAGCACCAAUCCUUUGUCGUCACUCGUCAAAUCCUAACUAAUCAUGCCUUAU